AUGGUCAUAGAUCUCUAUCGGAUUUUUCUGAGGUACCACGUCUCUUUACCGGUGGCAGCUGGGGCACUGUUUGUGGGUAUCCCUUACAGCAUCUCACUUGUCGCCCAGUGGAUGUACGGGUGGCCCAAUAAACCCGGUUACCAAAAAUAUGUUGAGGCACUUAAACCCAGGAGGAUUUAUGGCCUGACUAGAGCUGUCCUGGAGAUGCUGAAGUAUUUACAGUAUGGGAAACUGUACUUUCAGUGGAAGUCAUGGUAUAAGAAUGUCCACAAUAAUAAACACUAUGUUAAAGGCAUUACCUUUGGUCGGCGAGGCAACAAACUGGAUUUGUACCAUUCUCCCAGUAUGGGCCAGUCAGGCUCUUCCCCUGUCAUCGUCUUUGUGUACGGAGGUGCUUGGGGCUCAGGUGAGAGGUCCAUGUACUGUCUGUUAGCCCUGCAGAUGGCCAAAGAGCUGAAUGCCGCUGUGGUGUGCCCUGACUACUCAACUUAUCCAAAGGGCAACGUUUUGAACAUGGUUCAGGAUAUUUCGGACAGCUUGGUCUGGCUGAAGGAGAAAGGACGUAUGUACAAUAUUGAUACAGACAGGAUUGUUCUGAUAGGUCAUUCGGCGGGGGCACAUCUGUGUGCACUGACCACGCUGUUUCUGGCCGCCUGUGCUGAGGAGCUCGCCAUUCACUCGGCCAAACAGAGGGAGAUUACAUCAGCUCUCAAAGGAAUUAUCGGGCUUAGUGGAGUAUACAACAUUAUAGACCAUUAUCAACAUGAAAAGAUGCGCGGUGUGGAAUAUGUCUCCACAAUGCACAAAGCCAUGGAUGGAGUGGAAAACUUUGAAUAUUACUCACCCACUGAUAUGAUUAAGAAAUUCACUGAGGACCAGUUAAAAAGAGUCCCUCCUGUUGCCUUACUCCAUGGGGCCAAUGACAUCAUAGUUCCAGUGGAAUCUUCCUUGCGAUUCUCCGAGGUGCUGACCUCACUCUCCGUGAAGGUGUCCCUCUACCUCCUGCCCAAAAUAGACCACACCGAGAUGGUCACCAGCCUCAUGUCCCCUGACCGCCAUUUUUAUCACACCGUCUACAGCUGCAUCAAACAGGAGUACAACAAAUUCAUAGCGCUCUUUUGA